AUGGCCACGCAAGACGAGCAAGCCAAGCCGCACGAGGAGCACCAGUACCUCGACCUCAUCCGCCAUGUCAUCCAGCACGGCCAACACCGGCCCGACAGGACAGGCACUGGAACUCGGUCGUGUUUCGCCCCCCCACAGCUGCGCUUCAGCCUGGCGGACGCGACCCUGCCGCUGAUCACGACCAAGAAGGUGCACACGAAGGCGAUCAUCCACGAGCUGCUCUGGUUCAUCCGCGGGGCGACCUCGACGGACGAGCUGCGUGCGGCGGGGGUCCGGAUCUGGGAGCCCAACGGCUCGCGGGCCUACCUCGACUCGGUCGGCCUCUCCCAGUACGCCGAGGGCACCCUGGGCCCGAUCUACGGCUUCCAGUGGCGCCACUUCGGCGCGGCCUACCAGGGCCCGGACCACGACUACUCCGGACAGGGCGUGGACCAGCUCCGGAAGGUGAUCGAGGCGAUCGUCGAGCGGCCGACGGACCGGAGGAUGAUCCUUACCGCCUGGAACCCUGCCGCGCUGCAUGAGAUGGCCCUCCCGCCGUGCCACAUGAUGUGCCAAUUCUACGUGACUCUGCCGGAUGAAGCGCAUCCCAAGCCGCGGCUGUCGGCGAUUCUCUACCAGCGAUCGGCGGAUCUGGGGCUCGGCCUGCCGUUCAACAUCACCUCGUAUGCGCUGCUGGUGCACAUGAUCGCCCAUGUGACGCAGACCGAGCCCUUCGAGCUCGUCAUCCAGCUGGGCGACGCCCACGUGUACGCCAACCACAUCCAGCCGCUCUCGGAGGUGCAGCUGUGCCGGAGCCCGAAGGCGUUCCCGACGGUCAAGCUCAGCGCGGCGGUGACGGACAUCGACGGGUUCACGUUUGACGACGUGCAGAUCGUCGACUACUCGCCCCAUCCGCGAAUCGAGAUGGAGAUCCAGCCCACUACCACCCUAACCCCAGCCAGCCUCAGGAUGGCCCCGCGAUCGCCCCAGAGAAGACACCUCCCCUUCCUCUCCGCCCAGCCAGCCAGCACCAGGCCACAACCAACAGCACACUCCGCCCACUCCUCCCCAGGCUCAGCAACACCCGACCCAAAAACUAAAAACCAACAACAAGAGAGCGUGCCCGUCGACGACGAGGAGAAGCCGAGCGACUACGACCGCGGCGGAUACCACCCCGUCCAGAUCGGCGAGCGCUUCCACAACAACAGAUACCUCGUCGUCCGCAAGCUCGGCUGGGGCCACUUCAGCACCGUCUGGCUGGCCCACGACCACCAACUCGACCGCCACGUCGCCCUCAAGGUCGUCAAGUCCGCCAAACACUACACCGAGACCGCCGAGGACGAGAUCAAGCUGCUCGAGCGCGUCUACUCCGCCAACCCGACCCACCCCGGCUACGGCCACGUCGUCGCCCUGCUCGACCACUUCAGCCACAACGGCCCGAACGGCACCCACGUCUGCAUGGUCUUCGAGGUGCUCGGGGAGAACCUGCUCGGGCUCAUCAAGCGCUACGAGUACCGCGGCAUCCCCGAGCCCAUCGUCCGCGAGGUCGGCAGACAGAUCCUGCUCGGCUUGGACUACCUCCACCGCGAGUGCGCCAUCAUCCACACCGACCUCAAGCCCGAGAACGUGCUGGUCUGCAUCGACGACGUCGAGCGGCUCAUCCGCUCCGAGCUGCUCCUCACCCACCCAGCCCCCGCCCCGGAAGACGCGCUCAUCGGCCUCCCCUCCUGCCAGGGCCGGAGCACCCAUCUGACGCCCCGCCAGCCGGCGGUGCCCACCAGCCCGACGACCACCAUCACCGGCUCACAGCCACUGCCCAGCCCACGCGGAUCGAGCUCCGCACUCGACAAACUGGCCCUCCAGAUCAGCAAGAUCUCCUCCUCCUUCUCCUCCACCUCCACCUCCACCUCCACCUCCACCUCCACCACCUCCUCAUCCUCCACCUCCCCCGCCUCCCUCCUCGACGCCUUCCCGCCCCCGCCUCACCAGGCCGACUACGGCUCCAUCACCGUCAAGAUCGCCGACCUCGGUAACGCCAGCUGGGUCACCAACCACUUCACUGACGAUAUCCAGACCCGCCAGUACCGCAGUCCCGAGGCGAUCAUCGGCGCCCCCUGGGGCCGUCGCGUCGAUAUCUGGAGCGCAGGCUGCAUGCUGUUCGAGCUCUUGACCGGCGACUAUCUGUUCAACCCCGACGCCAUCGCCAAACGGUACUCCAAGGACGACGACCACAUCGCCCAGAUCAUCGAGCUCUUGGGCCCCUUUCCCCUCGACUUCGCCCUCUCGGGAAAGUUCAGCCAGGAUAUCUUCAAUCGACGCGGCGAGCUGAAGAAGAUCCAUAAGCUCAAGUACUGGAACCUCCACUCCGUCCUCACCAACAAGUACGGCGUCGAGCCCCAGCUCGUCCUCAAGCUGUCCGACACCCUCGCAAAGAUGCUCCAGAUCGACCCCGCCAAGCGCUGGAAAGCCUGGGAGAUCCUCAACGACGACGGCAGCUGGCUGUCCACCGACGAAUAA